CUCUCCCGGGAUUUUGCUGCCGGGCUCCCUCUCUCUGCGGCCCUAGAGUUAAUCCCAUCAGCCGAGAUGAACCUCUAGUCUUGCUUUGAAAAAACCAUUCUCUGUAACUCUUGACUGUGACUAAGUUCCUAAUACACCUGUUGGGACGAUCACUAACACAGUAUACCAUUUGAGAGGUACUUUUCUUGACCCAAUACUGGUGAUUAGAGAAGACAGGUAUCUUGGUUUUUGGUUUUUUCUUUGAUCAUUAUGAACAUUGGCUUUUCACCCCUGAAGUGAAAAUGUUGAAAGCUGAGUCUUCAGGUGAACGAACAACUCUCAGAAGUGCCUCUCCUCACAGGAAUGCAUAUCGAACUGAGUUCCAGGCAUUGAAAAGUACCUUUGACAAACCCAAGUCAGAUGGGGAACAAAAAACAAAAGAAGGUGAGGGCUCCCAGCAGAGCAGGGGGAGGAAAUAUGGCUCCAAUGUCAACAGAAUUAAAAACCUAUUUAUGCAGAUGGGUAUGGAACCCAACGAGAAUGCUGCAGUCAUUGCCAAAACAAGGGGGAAAGGUGGACAUUCAUCUCCUCAGAGAAGAAUGAAGCCCAGAGAAUUUCUGGAGAAAACAGAUGGCUCAGUUGUUAAGUUGGAGUCCUCUGUUUCUGAACGAAUUAGUAGAUUUGACACAAUGUACGAUGGCCCUUCAUAUUCCAAAUUCACUGAGACUCGGAAGAUGUUUGAGAGAAGUGUGCAUGAAUCAGGACAAAACAACCGCUAUUCCCCAAAGAAAGAGAAAGCUGGAGGGAGUGAACCUCAGGAUGAAUGGGGAGGUUCCAAGUCCAACAGAGGCAGUACUGAUUCCUUGGACAGCCUUAGCUCCCGAACUGAGGCUGUCUCCCCAACUGUGAGUCAACUGAGUGCAGUAUUUGAGAACACUGAUUCUCCCAGUGCCAUCGUUUCUGAGAAGGCUGAAAACAAUGAAUACUCAGUGACUGGGCAUUAUCCCUUGAAUUUACCAUCUGUUACUGUUACAAAUCUUGACACCUUUGGCCACCUUAAGGAUUCUAAUUCCUGGUCUCCUUCAAACAAGCAAGGUGUUGAUACAGAGGAUGCUCACAAGAGUAACACAACUCCAGUACCAGAAGUGGCUUCUAAAAGUACCUCUCUAGCUUCGAUACCUGGUGAAGAGAUCCAGCAGAGCAAGGAACCCGAGGACUCCACAUCUAACCAACAGACUCCCGACAGCAUUGACAAAUACGGUCCUGAAGAACCUUGUGCUGAAAGUAAGGCAAUGCCAAAGUCUGAAAUCCCUUCACCACAAAGCCAACUGUUAGAAGAUGCUGAAACUAAUUUGCUUGAAAGUGAGGCAGCAAAGCAACAGAGGAAAGAACUUGCAGGUGGUGAUUUCACCUCUCCUGAUGCUUCUGCAUCCAGUUGUGGAAAAGAAGUACCCGAAGAUUCAAACAGUUUUGAUAGUUCCCAUGUGUACAUGCACAGUGACUAUAAUGUGUAUAGGGUGAGAUCCAGGUAUAAUUCAGACUGGGGAGAGACAGGCACUGAGCAGGAUGAGGAGGAAGAUAGUGAUGAGAACAAUUACUAUCAGCCCGAUAUGGAAUACUCGGAAAUCGUUGGAUUGCCAGAAGAAGAAGAAAUCCCAGCAAAUAGGAAAAUUAAGUUUAGUAGUGCCCCUAUUAAGGUUUUCAACACAUACUCCAAUGAAGACUAUGACAGGAGAAAUGAUGAAGUUGACCCUGUGGCUGCUUCAGCUGAGUAUGAACUUGAAAAACGUGUAGAAAAGCUGGAACUUUUCCCAGUGGAACUAGAGAAAGAUGAGGAUGGUCUUGGUAUAAGUAUUAUUGGAAUGGGUGUUGGAGCAGAUGCUGGACUUGAAAAGCUGGGAAUAUUCGUCAAGACGGUAACAGAAGGUGGUGCUGCUCAACGGGAUGGCAGAAUACAAGUCAAUGACCAGAUUGUAGAAGUGGAUGGAAUCAGCUUGGUGGGUGUGACACAGAAUUUUGCAGCAACAGUUCUCAGAAACACCAAGGGCAAUGUCAGAUUUGUUAUUGGGCGGGAAAAACCAGGACAAGUGAGUGAGGUUGCCCAGUUGAUAAGCCAGACACUGGAACAGGAGAGGCGCCAGAGAGAGCUGCUGGAACAGCACUAUGCCCAGUAUGAUGCCGACGAUGACGAGAACACUGUGGCUGAAUUGCAAGGAAUGUCUGGCAACUGCAAUAACAAUAACAACUAUUUUCUUAAGACAGGAGAAUAUGCCACAGAUGAAGAAGAAGAUGAGGUAGGACCUGUCCUUCCUGGCAGCGACAUGGCCAUUGAAGUCUUUGAGCUGCCUGAGAAUGAGGACAUGUUUUCCCCAUCAGACCUGGACACAAGCAAGCUCAGUCACAAGUUCAAAGAGUUGCAAAUCAAACAUGCAGUUACAGAAGCAGAGAUUCAAAAAUUGAAGACCAAGCUGCAGGCAGCAGAAAAUGAGAAAGUGAGGUGGGAACUAGAAAAAACCCAACUCCAACAAAACAUAGAAGAGAAUAAGGAAAGAAUGUUGAAGUUGGAAAGCUACUGGAUUGAGGCCCAAACAUUAUGCCACACAGUGAAUGAACAUCUCAAAGAGACUCAAAGCCAGUAUCAGGCCUUGGAAAAGAAAUACAACAAGGCAAAGAAGUUGAUCAAGGAUUUUCAACAAAAAGAGCUUGAUUUCAUCAAAAGACAGGAAGCAGAAAGAAAGAAAAUAGAAGAUUUGGAAAAAGCUCAUCUUGUGGAAGUGCAAGGCCUGCAAGUGCGGAUUAGAGAUUUGGAAGCUGAGGUAUUCAGGCUACUGAAGCAAAAUGGCACUCAAGUUAACAAUAAUAACAACAUCUUUGAGAGAAGAACAUCUCUUGGUGAAGUCUGUAAAGGGGAUACCAUGGAGAAUUUGGAUGUCAAGCAAACAUCUUGCCAAGAUGGCCUAAGUCAAGACUUGAAUGAAGCAGUCCCAGAGACAGAGCGCCUGGAUUCAAAAGCACUGAAAACUCGAGCCCAGCUCUCUGUGAAGAACAGACGCCAGAGGCCCUCUAGGACAAGACUGUAUGAUAGUGUUAGUUCCACAGAUGGGGAGGACAGUCUAGAGAGAAAGCCAUCAAACAGUUUCUAUAACCACAUGCACAUUACCAAAUUACUUCCACCUAAGGGUUUGAGAACUUCUUCUCCAGAAUCAGAUUCUGGUGUUCCACCCCUCACCCCAGUGGAUAGCAAUGUGCCCUUCUCGUCUGACCACAUAGCUGAAUUUCAAGAAGAACCACUGGACCCAGAAGUGGGGCCUCUCUCCUCUAUGUGGGGAGACACUUCACUCGUUUCUACUUCAAAGUCUGAUCAUGAUAUGGAAGACUCUCCUUGCCACCACCAAACCAGCAACAAGAAAAUAUUACAAGAAAAAGAUGAUGCCAAAGAUCCCAAAUCACUAAGGGCAUCCAGUUCGUUGGCGGUGCAAGGAGGAAAAAUUAAGCAGAAGUUUGUGGAUCUGGGGGCACCUUUGCGAAGGAAUUCCAACAAGGGAAAGAAAUGGAAAGAAAAAGAAGCCAGUAGGUUUUCUGCAGGUAGCAGGAUCUUCAGAGGCAGACUGGAAAACUGGACACCCAAGCCACGUUCAACAGCUCAGACCUCCACUCGUUCCCCUUGUAUGCCUUUUUCAUGGUUUAAUGACAGCCGGAAAGGAUCCUAUUCCUUCAGGAACCUGCCUGCACCUACAAGUUCCCUUCAGCCUUCUCCUGAGACUCUAAUUUCAGAUAAAAAGGGGUCUAAGAAUUUUACCUUCAAUGAUGACUUCAGUCCCAGCAGUACCAGUUCAGCAGACCUCAGCGGCUUAGGAGCAGAACCUAAAACACCAGGGCUCUCUCAGUCCUUAGCACUGUCAUCAGAUGAGAUCCUUGAUGAUGGACAGUCUCCCAAACACAGUCAGUGUCAGAAUCGGGCCGUUCAGGAAUGGAGUGUGCAGCAGGUUUCUCACUGGUUAAUGAGCCUAAAUCUGGAGCAGUAUGUAUCUGAAUUCAGUGCCCAAAACAUCACUGGAGAGCAGCUCCUGCAGUUGGAUGGAAAUAAACUUAAGGCUCUUGGAAUGACAGCAUCCCAGGACCGAGCAGUGGUCAAAAAGAAACUCAAGGAAAUGAAGAUGUCUCUAGAGAAGGCCCGGAAGGCCCAAGAGAAAAUGGAAAAACAAAGAGAAAAGCUAAGGAGAAAGGAACAAGAGCAAAUGCAGAGGAAGUCCAAAAAGACAGAAAAGAUGACGUCAACUGCAGCCGACGGUGCUGGUGAGCAGUAACACAUACCCUCUUACUGAAGAUGGAGAUUAUCCAAGAGAAGUCCCCACCUCUUCCUGCCCUGCUCUCCUCCAGAGGAUGAAGAAGAAACUAAAUGAUAAGGGUAAUGCGGCUCUAGGCCAGCUGAGGAACCGUGUGUUGAAUAACUGCAUUUUCUGCAAUAGAAGGCACUCUUAAUUUUAACUACUGAAAUAGUCCCAAGCCACCUUUGAUUUAUUAACAAACCAGACAUUUCAUUUAAGUAGCUGUCUUUUGCUCUUCUCUAACUUAGCAACAUCUUGUGUUGUGUUGGGUAUGUUUUGUCACUUGGAGAACUAGUUUGACCCCACCCAACAAGAGCAUGAUACACCCUGGUGUUGUUGAUGGAGCACUGUGAAUUUUCAGUUUGGGAUCCUGAAAUGGCAAUUGCACAUGUCUGCAUGGCAGAAAGCACCCUGCCAUGAGAUCUGGACCAGUACUUACUUCUAGGGCUGCAAAACCUACUCCAGUGUGUGGGAAAGAUUCACUCUUAAUUCUGAGUCUGGACAGUAAGACCACCCUGCUGUGGAAACAUGGGUGCUCUGCUCCAUAGUUACCUACUAAGGGAAAAGGCAAGCAAGCCAUUCUGCUUGCUAGGCAUCAAAAAGAAAGAAAAGAAAUUAUAGCUAUUUGUUAACCACUGAAAAAA